AGUGGUAGGCGUAGGAGUUGAACACAGGAACUACGCGAGUCUUUUUCUACUGAGGAGCUCUGUUAGUUGUACUACAGAUAUUAAAAAUAUUUCUACCUGUUGCUUGUUCUCACUUUUUAAUCGAAGACUGACAGAGACACCACUCGUGAAGAGACCAGCACAGACCAAGAACAUUCAUACAAGCUAGUAGUUCAAAAGACACGAUGACGAUAUAUUAAAGAUUCGUUCUUGCCUCUACCUACUCCGACAGAAGUUGCAAAGAACAUCAGAAACAAAAUGAAGCGUGCUCGUACGGAUCGUGGCAAUGUGGGAGCCACCCCUACCAAGCGCAACAAGUGGCAGGCUGAGCAAGAUGAUGACGACUCUGAUGACAUUAACGAUGCAGAUUUGGAGAACCUCGAAAUGCCACCUAGCUCUGACGACGAAAGAAACGAUGAAGAAGAGAAUGGCAUAAUAGAUGAGGAUCAAAGACGAACUGUUAAGGCUCAAUACAAUUCAUUUCUACAAGGCAUUUCCCCUAUUUGUUCCUUGGUAGGACGCUUGGGAGAAAUGCAGGCAAGAGAUGAGCUAUGUUUUGAGCUCUAAAACUGGGGAUCAACAUCUCAAGAAUAAAGAAGAUGUAGCAGCUCAUGCGCCAAGAGGUAAGUCCCCGCUUAGUGGAAGUAGUACUGGGAUGCCCUCACUAAACAUCAAUUCGAAGCCUUUGCCUGUAGCGGGCCCGACCGUGAAAGCUUCUUCAUCUACGUCUUCGCCCAAUCUUCAUGCGACCACAUCCACAUCGCCCGAAAACACAGCAAAGCCAAAGAUAUCAGAGGCACCUGAUGAUCCUGACAAGAGCUCUAGUAAGAACAACAAUGAUGAGGAGUAUCUAGUAGAAAGCUUUAUACGGUUUGGAAUACAGUUUGGACCUCGUUUACGGCAUGACCUCGUUGUGGAAACGCAGGUUUUGUGUCGAUUGCCGAAGAAACUAAAAGUCGCUGGAAUCUCCGACACCCUGAUCGCAUUUUUAUGAUUUGAAUUUGUUUUUUGACAGUACUUUGACGGCAUUCUCAUGAAAGUAGGUGUUUUGAUAGUGCCUUGAUUGUAUUCUCGACUCUUGUUUGUUAGUUUUUUUGACAGUACCUUCACCUUGAUCCAUUGUGUUCGAUGUUCUAGUUGGUAUAUCAAACAACUUGAUAGUACCUUGAUCGAUGCGCAGAUUUGAUUUCCUUCUGAGAGAAUCUCUUGCUUCUAAUCCUUGAAGAGCUUAAAGAUGAGGUGCAAAUCGAGCGUGAACGCCAGAAGCGGCAAGAGAGCAGCCUGAAGGAGACCGAAACUUUCGCCGGCGUUGAGGGCGAAACGGCGAAGGGGCAGUUGCUUGGACGUGAUGGUUGCGCCUUCCAGGUGCCAGAACCAAAGCAAUGGCCAGCGAUAGAGAAAAUUUUAGGUACUUUCUCACUUCUAAGAGAACAUAGUACAACAGUACUUGUACUAGUGCUAGUGCUUGUUCAUCUUACUUUUUUCUUAUACUAGUUUACAAGCUUAUUUGAACUAGUUCUAGUACAACUAAUCAACUCUACCAGGGUUUAGGUAACCUGUAGUUCCUUUCAUACUAGUCCAAGUGUUUGCACAUAGAGAGUAAUUGAUAAUAAGUUGAAGACACCAGCACGAUGGAGUAACACCAUGCAAAAAACGCAAAAAAAGCGCUUUUUUCUACAUUAUUCGCCUCAGAAUGAAAAUUUUCCAUUUUGGGACGAAUAUUGCCCAACUGAUCCCGGGGCUUUGUGUACGUUUUUUGGCUAAAAGACCCCUUUUCUAUGUUCGCUUUUGGCAUAGUGUUACUCCAUAACCAGCACUCGUCUUGCUGGAGAAGAAGAUUGUGAAGUGCGUUACGUACUCGUCUAUUGAUUCUCAGGGCACACCGUAGACGCAGAGGAAGCGGGAACCGUGUACCUUUUGACCGACUGCGACGAGCGACUAUACCUUAGCAUGAAAGCGCCCCUCUCAGAGUUACUUUCCCCUACUUUUGAUCAUCCUUUAGUCCUCGUUGGCACCAGUGGAGGCACAUCCUUGAAUAGUGGUGACAGAUCCAGUAUUAAGGGUAGGGUAAAGGUGCUUUUGUUCCCGCUUUUUAUGCCUUUCCUAAGGGAGAAAGGCAGAAAAAGCGGGGUCCACGAGCACCAAGCCCCUACCUCUAACAGUAGACUGUCGACAGGUACUAGUACUUUUUCGCCAUUGAAGUUACUGGGUCGGGUACUGGCUCCAAGUGGGGACGUCAGUUUAACCGAAGAAGAAGACCCGCGAACGGCAAUACAGAAUCUUCUCAUCCUCGAAAGACCAGAAUUUUGUCCAGAGCCCUUCGAAGUGGAAGUUUUGCUGGAUUUAGGCAGAAUGCAAGAAAAAAGCGAGAAAAUCCAGGAUAAAAAAGACUUGAUCGCCAUGAUUCUUUCAGAAUUUGAUGCUGCUUCUCCUUCAAACAAUGCUGGUGCUUCUUCCAACAAGCGACGGAGAGCUCCUCAUUUCAUUAAGGUUUCCGAUAGCUACUAGAACUACGAUAAUAUUCUAUUGCAUGAUCCUUCUUCACCACAACUGAUGGUUCUUUUUCCAAGAAGAUACUAAGUAACCUCUUCGAAGAAAGUAGAACUUAGUUUUUCUUUCUUCUUCGAAAUAUUUAGAACAAUAAACACAUAAAGAAAAAAUAGCCGAUUAGUUUUUCCCUCAUAUCCUAUGUGUAUCCCAGCAAGCAAUAAUAAACACAAUCAAGAACAACUCAAUCAAACACUUGUUCUUGUCAAGAACCAACGAACUACCGCAAUAAUAUUGAUUUUGAUACUGUGAAGAAGGAUACUAGAAUUCACAAUGUGCUACUAACUUGUUGUAAGCGUCUAGUUCUAAUUUCAUCGCGUCAAAAGCGUUCGCUGGGGCAAAGGACAAGAUGCUUUUCAAGAACGGGCCACUUGGUAUCGGUUAUUACGAAGAUUUGGUUCGAAAGCGCAUCUACAAUCCCGAAGACGAGGACGCGGAUGACGAGGAAGAAGGAGAAGAACACGCAACCAAAGCAGGGAAAAGCACAAGAACAGAAGUCACGACUUCCAAUGGGAACAGUCGUACCACUUCUAGUUCUGCUAAGUAUGCAAUUGACCUUGAGGGGAACAAGAAUGGGGCAAAUCGAAAUCUUCCUUCUUCCUCUUCGCCGACCUUCGUCCAAGAGGAGGGAAAGGACGUUAAUAUAGGGGUGAAGAGUGAUGAUCGUUACUUCAUCGAGCGCGAUUUACAUGCGAGAACGUUGGACAGCAUGGAUGCAGUGGAUUUCUUCCUGUCGGCGAGGGAGGUAUCUCAAUCGCAACCUCGUUGACUAGGACAACAUUGAUUCAUAUUGUUUGAUCCAAAGUAGCUGCGACUGACAUGAGGAAAUGAAAAUAUUCACAAUAGUGUUUAAUCCACUUAGCUUUACUGCCAUUUCCCAGAAAGGUACCACGUCAAUAUUCUUUACUACACCAAAACCCAGGUUGAGGUCGUUUCGCUGAAGGUUCAAGAAUAUACGACGGAUCGACAUGAGCGCGUCAAAGCUCUGUCAAAAGCUCUAGCGGAUUUGCGCAAUGACUUAACUGGCUUCGAGGAGACUUUAUUACAGCGAAGAAAGGCCGAUGGUGAAGUAGAUGCAUGUGCAAGUAGUACUGGAGCAAGUGCUGGCACAAGAGGACCUGAGCCAUCGAAAGGUGCAGCUAAUGGAGGAGGAAGCAAAUUGUUCCAGAAGUAUCAGGAUGAUGACGGACCUGAUGAGUUGGCGUGGGAUGAAGCGGCGGCGGAAAAGACAGAAGCAGCGAGAAGACGUAGGGAACGCGAUGACGCUGUUUUGGGCACUCUCAGUUGGAAUCUGGAACGCGUAAAAGCGAUCGAGCGGGUCUUCAAAAAAUUGAACUGAUUUUAGUUUCAUCUCAUCUGUGAAAUACGUUUUUGACUAUCUAGGGUUAACAAGGUCGCUAUCGCGAAGCGAGUAUCAGUUUUCCUCUUGUUCAUCAUUCUCCUUCUUUCCCUCUCUCCCUCUGGAACUAAAUACUCGUUAUGUUGAGUGAAUCCUUUAUCUAAAAAGCCCCAGCCCGAAUCAUUUCAGCACGACAUCAUGAAGAUAAACAAGGAGGUUUCUCUACUACGGCGGAAUUUAUUCUGGCAGAUUAACCGGAUCCUGACGAUGUGAAGCUAGAGCGGU